CAACGCGCUCCUUCUCCUGGUGCCGGCGCCAACUUUGCUUCCAACAACCCCUUCCGCCGUGCUGCCUCUCCUCUGCCUUCUCCCGACCACAGAAUGUCGAACAAUCCAUUUCUCGACCCUCCAGCCCCGCAGCGACAGGGGCCUUCAGACGCUUUUACUGAGGACAUUUUUAAGGAUCUGUCGUUGCUCGACAAGCCUGGUUCAGGAGCUCCUUCUGCACCUCGCAGCAAUGGACUCCCUCGAACAGGCACCAUGCCAACCCAACACCGACCCGCACGCUCACAGGAAGAUGACCCUCGCCGACGCGGCCCCGCUCCUCCGCGAGGUCCUCCACGUCCUUCUAAGGAAAACGCUCUAGACAUUUUUGCCAGCCCACCCAAAGUCGAGAGUAGACGUGUUCGUCGCAACUCAGAAUCGUCAAUCUUGGACACUAAGGAGGAAGACAGGAGAAGAAGAGAGCGACGCAAAGAGCGUGAAGAACGUCGCGAGAAGGAGGGACGAACCAAGGAUGGAAAAUCAAGAUCGACCAGGAAGCCUCAGGGACUGGAUCUCAUUGACAAGCUCGAUGUCACCGGUAUCUACGGUCAAGGACGUAAGUGCCAUNUUUUCCACCACGACGGACCUUUCGAUGCAUGCAACCCCCAUCGCAACCGUAAGAAGGAUGUUCGUGCCCCUAUGCAAGCAUUCCCUGCAGACUCGGCCAACAACGCUUUGGGUGGAUCUGGUCCUUUGAACAAGAACAUCGACCUCGACAGGUUUCAUGGACGUGGCGAGGAUGCUUUCAAUGAUUAUUCUCAAUCUCGCGUGCAGGCACCUACCAAACACGUACAAUCCUUCAACCCUGCCGAUCGCGUCGAACAGAUCCAUACUUCGGAAUCGGUUGGUCUAGGAACUUCAACUUUCCUCGAGGGCGCUCCCGCUUCGAGGAAGGACCUCCAACGCCGGGAGUCUGAGACCGAAACUUCUGCUUUCCCAGGAGGCAGUCUGACCCGCAAGAAGUCGCUCGCUGUGCGUCUCAGAGGACUCUCGCAAAACCGCAACAAUGUAACCUCACCUGACGGAAACUACGGCCCCAUGUCCCCGAACAGUCCUGGCCAAGUGCAAAGUGCAGGAGGCAGAACCCGUAUUGCAGGUAGCAGCAAGGAAAGCAACCCCUUCUUCUCCGAAUACAACGAUGCAUACGAGAAGAAGGGCGCAACCAUUCGCUACGCUGAAGAAACAAAGGGCGGCCGAGCAAGAGCACCAAGCUCGCCUCACCGAAACGGUCUUACUAGAAGUAUCACCGCAGACAGCGUGCCGUCCGCCGCAGCAAAUGACGUACCUGAGAAGAGCAGCGGAGGCGGGUUCCUCAACCGCAUGAAGAGUUUGAAGGGUGGGCGCAGAGCAAGACCCGAGAGAAGGGGGUCU